CUGCUUCUGUGUAUUUGACUCUGAACUGUGGUCUCCGCCAUUGCCCCAGCUGAGUGGCAGGAACUGGCUGAGGCCCUAGGGGCUGCCAGGCCAUGAGGGCCACUCUCUGGGCCUUGGGACUUGGGCCUCUUCUCCUUACUCUCAGGGCAGUCCCCACUGGCGGACCAGGCGACCUGAAGCUGGCGUACAGACCCAGCCCAUGCGACGGAGUGGUGCUGGUCCAACGCGAGGGGCAGUGGGGACACGUGUGCAACCAGGAGUGGACGCAGAACGAGGCGUCCGUGGUCUGCAGGCAGCUGGGCUGCGGAGAUGCGGUGGGGGCCCCCAAGUACGUCCCACUGCCGGGGGAGAUGGUGUCACCCUGGCUCCACAACGUGUCCUGCACGGGCAAGGAGUCCUCCCUGUGGGAGUGCAGCCUCGGGGCGUGGACGCAGAGCAAGUGCCCCCACCAGUGGGUGGUGGUGGCUCUGUGCAAGAACGGCACUUUUCGGGAGAUCCGGCUGGUGAAGGGCCGCAGCCCCUGCGCAGGACUCCCCGAGAUCAGGAACGUGAACGGGGUGGAUCGCCUCUGUGGCCUGCACGAGGAGGAGGCCACAGUGUUCUGCCAGGAGCUGAAGUGUGGCCCCGCGCUCCAGGCCUCCCGCGAAGGUGUGGGCGUCGUCGGGAAGUACAUGACGUGCAGGGGCACUGAGAAGACGAUCCGGAACUGCAGGCUCAACAACAACCUCCGCAGCGGCUGCGACUUCCAGCAAGACGCGGAGGUGGUCUGCGCAGGACACAUUGAGGCCCGGCUGGUGGGCGGCGAGCACCCCUGUGCCGGGCGCCUGGAGGUGAGGCACGGCCUGACCUGGGGCACUGUCUGCGACUCCGACUUGGACCAGGCCACGGCCCACGUGGUGUGCCGAGAGCUGCAGUGCGGCAUGGCCGUGUCCACGCCCAGCGGCACCCACUUUGGCCGUGGCUCUGGGCUCAUGUGGACGGAGGCCUUCCGCUGUGCAGGCAACGAGUCCUUGCUGUUCCACUGCCCUCGGGGCCCCGGGCACCAGUGUGGGCAUGGCCAGGACGCAGGACUCAGGUGCUCAGGUGAGGCCAGGAGGUUCCGGCUGGUCAACGGCAGCAGCAGCUGUGAGGGGCGCUUGGAGCUCCAGGUUCAGGGGGCCUGGAAGCCCCUCUGUGCCGCCCACUGGGACUUGCCAGACGCCACCGUCCUCUGUCACCAGCUCAACUGUGGCAAUGCGGUGGCCACUCCCCAAGGAGGCCAUUUUGGGGAUGGGGACGCUCCCAUCUGGCCCGACGUGUUUCACUGCGUGGGGACAGAGCCCUACUUGUGGAAUUGCCCAGUUAGCACUCUGGGGGCCCGGGCGUGUGCCCUGGGAAACGCAGCCGCCGUGGUCUGCUCAGGUCUCCCCAGCGCCGUGCGGCUGAGGGAGGGACAGAGCCGGUGUGAUGGCCGCGUGGAGGUGUCCCUGGACGGGGUGUGGGGCCGCGUCCUGGACAGCGCGUGGGACCUGCACGGCGCCGGCGUGGUGUGCCGGCAGCUGGGGUGCGGAGAGGCCGAGCGAGCCUACGACGCGCCUGCACCUCCGCGCGAGGUCGUCCCGGUGGGGCUGAGCCGAGCGCGCUGUCUGGGCACCGAGACGCGCCUGACCCAGUGCAACGUGUCCGAGUCCCUGCUGGUGCCUGCAGGGGCCUCGCGGGACGCGGGCGUCGUGUGCUCCGGGAGCCUCCGGGUGCGGCUGGCCGCGGGGCCGGGCCGCUGUGCGGGGCGCGUGGAGGUGCUCCACGGGGGCGUGUGGGGCACCGUGUGUGACGACGGCUGGGACCUGCGGGACGCCCACGUGGUCUGCCGGCAGCUGGGCUGCGGCCCCGCCCUCAGCGCCCCCGGAGCCGCGCACUUCGGGCCCGGGGCCGGGCGCAUCUGGAUGGACGAGCUGGGCUGCGGGGGCCACGAGGCUGCGCUAUGGCAAUGCCUGUCGAAGGCCUGGGGCCGGCACGACUGCGGGCACAAGGAGGACGCCGGCGUCUUCUGCUCAGAGUCAGUGGCCCUGCGGCUGCGAGGUGGCACCCACCACUGUGCGGGGUGGCUGGAUGUCUUCUACAACGGGACGUGGGGUGCUGUGUGCAGCAACGCCCUAAAGGACACCUCCCUGUCCAUCAUCUGCAAGCAGCUGGGCUGUGGGGAGCAGGGCUGGCUGGAGAACAGGCCUGUCCAGGCUGCAGGCCUGGGCAUCUCCUGGGUGGACAACGUUGAGUGCCGUGGUCUGCGAAACUCCACGCUGUGGCAGUGCCCCUCUGCCCCGUGGAACCCACACUCCUGUGCCCACGGAGAGGAGGUCUGGAUCACCUGCAUAGGAUCGUCAGAGAAAACGCCACAGGAUUCCGGGGAGACCCUCAACUGCUUAUCCACCCACAGUUGCCCAGAGGAGGGCGCGCUGCGCGUGCUGGGGGGCUCAGACGGCUGCUCCGGCCGCGUGGAGCUCUGGCACGCUGGCUCCUGGGGCACCGUGUGCGACGAUUCCUGGGACCUGGCGGACGCGGAGGUCGUGUGCCGCCAGCUCGGCUGUGGCCAGGCCAUGGGCGCCCUGGCGGGGGCCGCCUUCGGGCCAGGCUCAGGGCCCGUGUGGCUGGAUGAGGUGGGGUGCCGGGGCAGUGAGGCGACCCUGUGGAGCUGCCCGGCGGAGCGAUGGGGACGCGGAGACUGCACGCACAAGGAGGACGCGGGCGUGCGCUGCUCCAGUGACAAGGGGACCACGGUCCUGCCGCCGGCCUCUGGCCCUCCCCUGGCCUCUCUACCUGCCCUCAAGGCUGGGACCUUGCCCAUGAUCUUCUGCCUCAUCUUGGGCGCCCUCCUGGGGAUCGUCUCCCUGCUCCUGGGAGUGCAGUGGUGCCGUGAAAGAGGAGCCUGCAGGGGUUCCCGAAUGUCGGGGAGUCUGCCCUCAGAAGGUGUUUAUGAGGACAUCGGAGCCAUCCCCAUGGAGGAGAAGGAUGAGGGGCCCGGGGGGCCCCGGGACCUGGUGCUGGAGGAGGAGUAUGAUGAUGCCCAGGAGCCGGAGCAGGACCCUGAGGAGGAGGGAGCAGAGGAGGUGGUGCCCUUGAGCUCUGUGGGCGUGCACCUCUGCGCCUUGGCCUCCCUCGCGCUCUUCCUGCUGUUCAGGUCCUAUGUCCAGAGUUCUGCUCUGGCCAGCGCCUACAUUUAAAGAUCCUGAGAGCUGCCUCUCUGUGUCUGUGACCCUCACUCCCAUCACAGGUUUGUGUGUUAGGAUGUUCGUCCUCCCAUCAAAGUUGCUUGUUAGACUGGAGUCUUCUCACGGGGAGACGUGGAGUUUAGGGAGGGUCCUAGAUUUUUGUUUGGGUUUCUUUUUGUGGCUGUGCACAAGAGUCCCUCUAGUACCUUGUCCUCAGUCGGC